CCCCGCCCACCCCCCAGCACUGCGGUAAUAUGGCUCCGUAGCGGGCGGCCGGCUUGGCGUUGCUGCCGCCAUUAACCCCUGCGCGCCCGGCGGCCUCGGGGGGAGCGGAGCGGGGACCCUGCGUGAGGAUGACCUCGGCUGCCGGUCCCGCCGCCUUGCCGCCCGGCUCCGCCGCCCGCGCCCUGCAUGUGGAGCUGCCUUCGCAGCAGCGCCGUCUUCGUCACCUUCGGAAUAUUGCUGCACGUAACAUUAUUAAUAAGAACGGUCAUCGCCUCUUGGAUACGUACUUCACUCUUCACUUGUGUGAUAACACCAAGAUCUACAAAGAAUUUUAUAAGAGUGAGGUGAUCAAGAAUUCUCUGAAUCCAACAUGGAGGAGUCUGGACUUUGGAAUAAUGCCUGAUCAUCUUGAUACCUCUGUCUCUUGUUUUGUUGUGAGGAUCUGGGGUGGCAAGAAGGAACACUUUCAGCUUUUGAUUGAAUGGAAGGUCAAUUUAGAUGGAUUAAAGUACUUGGGCCAGCAGAUCCAUGCAAGAAACCCAAAUGAGAUUAUUUUUGGUCUCAAUGAUGGUUAUUAUGGAGCUUCAUUUGAACAGAAGGAUCACUCAGGUACCCUGAAGAACAGCCUUCUCCAGGUGGAUCAGAACUGUGUUCGUAACUCUUACGAUGUCUUCUCUUUGCUUAGGCUCCACAGAGCUCAGUGUGCAAUUAAACAGACUCAGGUAACUGUUCAAAAAAUAGGAAGGGAGAUUGAAGAAAAGCUGAGAUGUACAUCUACAAGGAAUGAACUGAAAAAGGAGAGUGAAUGUUUACAGUUGAAGAUCCUGGUGCUGCGUAAUGAGCUGGAGCGACAGAAGAAGGCCCUUGGUCAAGAAGUAGCCUUGUUGCAUAAGCAAAAAAGUACUUUGCUUGACAGAGAAAAUGCAUUUGGGACUGAAUACCAGAAACUUGAAGAGCAUAAUGAAUCUCUAUAUGAAUCGAGAAAGGAAUGCACUGCUAAGAGAGAACAGUUUUUGAAGAUAAAUGCCCAGCAGACUAUUCGAUGCAAGCAGCUGCUGUCGGAGCUAUCCUACAUCUACCCUAUUGAUUUGAACAACCAAAAGGAUUACUUUGUUUGUGGAGUCAAGCUUCCUAAUUCUGAAGACUUUCAAGCAAAAGAUGAUGGAAGCAUUGCUGUUGCCCUGGGCUAUACUGCUCACCUAAUUUCCAUGAUCUCCUUCUUCUUACAAGUGCCACUCAGGUAUCCUAUAAUUCACAAGGGCUCCCGGUCUACAAUCAAAGACAAUAUAAAUGACAAGCUGACGGAUAAAGAGCGAGAAUUUCCUUUGUAUGCAAAAGGAGGGGAGAAGCUUCAAUUUGAAUAUGGAGUUUAUCUUCUCAACAAAAAUAUAGCACAGCUUAGAUACCAGCAUGGGCUGAGUACUCCAGAUCUAAGGCAAACUCUUCCUAACCUGAAAAACUUCAUGGAGCUUGGACUGAUGGUUAGGUGCGAUCGACACCAUACAUCCAGUGCAAUUCCUGUUCCAAAGAGACAGAGCUCUAGCUUUGGCAGAUUGGAUAUUGGUUUUUCCAGUGGGCUUCCUUCUCCAGAUAAAGGACUCCGAAAACGAGCCAACACAGGAAGCGAGAGACUACAGUACAAAACUCCUCCUCCUAGUUACAACUCUGCUUUAACACAGCCUGUUGCUGUCACAACCUGUGUGGGAGAGCUGGAUAAAAAACCUGGACCCAUAUGUUCUUCCUUGGACACCUCUAUGGACUCCUCCAAAAGAAAUACCAAAAAAGGCCAGGACUUGUGCAGUAGUUUAAAUGGAGAAAAUGGAAGCCUAAACAAUACCCAAGACAGGCAGGAACCUUUCCUAGGACGUUCUAGUGCAAUAAAUGGGGCGUUUCUGCCUGGCGAGUGCUCUGGCACCAUGAACAACAAGCAGCCCUGUGAGCUUCAGCCCCCAGUCAACCCCGUGCUUUGCUGCACCGUGGAGCAGGCAGAGGAGAUCAUGGGUAUGGAAGCAACAGGGUUCAGCACAGGAGAUCAGCUGGAAGACUUUACCUCCAUCCCAGUGGAACAUGCUGUAGCGGUUGAGUGUGAUGAACAAGUCCUAGGGGAGUUUGAGGAGUUCUCCCGAAGGAUCUGUGCACUGAAUGAGAACAUGUCCAGCUUCCGCAGACCUCGGAAAAGUUCGGACAAGUGAGCUCGCACGGAGAUUUGAUAGCAGACAUUGAGGUGAAAUCAGUGAUCUGGAAUAGAAAUAAAAUUGCACUUAUUCUUUAUAUUAAUUAUGAAAAUAAAAAAGCUUAAAGUUGUUCCUAUGGUGUUAGACAAAUGGACUUGAGCACAAUAACACAGGAUCAUGGUGUAUUCACAGCCCAGGUAACUUCAUUCUGCUUUAAGUCCUUUUCUGUCUGGUAUUUAUAAUCUGUUGAAGGUUUUGUGGGGUUUUUUUUCUAGGGCAUUGGAAUCCAUUUAUAAAGGCUUUUCUGAAAACAACUUCUAGUGCUGAUCAGCCCCUUCUAUGAAUGUUUGUUAUGUUCUUAAUUAUUAUUUAGAGUUAAAUUUAUUUUAAUCUUUUCAGAAGAAAAACCCUUUAAUUUAAUAUAUUUUUGUGGUAAGAUGUCUUUACAUUCUCCCAUGUACUCCUGUGUUUGCUUGAGCAAUGUAGUCAGUAUUAGAGAAAUACCAUGAAUUUGCUACAAUUGGACAACUUUAUUUUGGCUGUGCUCUGUAGCCUUUGAAGUUCUAGUUUGCACUGAAGAGUCUUCACUUGGCGGUGUGAACUUGCCAGAGAAUGAGCACCUGUGUGAUUUUUUUGCAGUUUCCUUGCACCUGGUUAAUCAGAAAUGACAUUUGGCAGUUUUUCCACUCCUCUUUUCCUCCAAAUUUGCUCUUCCUACCAGUGGAAACCUUGAGGAGUAAACCACCUCUAAGGUUCUGUGUAGUAAUCUCAGCCUGACCAUUCCCCACUUAGGCUGGGCACAGAUCUCAUUAGUAGAGACUUAAUGAACCCCGUACCAACAUGGGGUUCAGCUGCCACCCUCCAAGGUGUGCAGUGGGGACAGUGUGCCCUGAGACACUUCAGACAUCUUCCAAAAAACCCAGACUGGGAAUGAAGCACUUUGGAAUUAGGUGAAUGUGUGGAAUUGCUCCAUCCUCUGUAAAAAGGAGGCACUUAACAUUAUUCAUCUGGAUUUUUAUUUUUUUAACCAUCUAUACUUUGAGAGAAGAAACUUCCAUUGGUUUGCUGGAGGUGCAGUUUGCUGUUGGGUUGGUUACCACUGCCACAUGUGUUCAGCUGCACUAAUGAGAAAGCAAUUUGCAGCCUGCUUUGUGAUUCCUGGUAUGUAUUUCAGUUUGGAUUUCAUUGCUCUUGCUUUCUAUAUUGUAUACCCAAGAAUCUGAGCUCAGUUGUGAGCUCUGAAAUAUAAAAGUAUAUAGCAGAAUAAAAAUACUUCAUCUUGUCCGGC